ACCGGAGUGAUGUAUUUACAGCUAUACAUUGACUCCCGCCGAUUUUCGUUCAGUCCAAUAUUCACGAUCAGCUGAAGUCAGGUGUUUUGGAGCUCUGGACGUGUAGAUCCUCGUAGAUGUUUACCAACAGAAUGAGCUAUUCGAUUGAGCAUCAGAGAAGAAAGUGAGCAUUGUUUGAGCUGAGUUGAGUCGACACCAAGAUGCUGAACAGUACGAAUGGGAAGCGUUCGAUAUCGUCGGGUGCUACAAGCGCUAUCGGCGAAGAAGACGUAUACCGACAGCUUACAAUUAAGAACAAUCUGCACUCGAUAACACCGUCACCGGGUUCUACCAAGGGUUACGACGAGGAGAAAUCGAAUGGAUUACACGGAUCAAUUGGUGAACUUGUUCGUGCUGCCAGCAACCGCUGUAAUCGCAUGCAGAUAACCAUGAGUGUCCUGGCAACACUAACCGUCCUAUCGUCUGGUAUGGGAUUAGGCUAUUCAGCGAUUACACUUCAUACACUGACGAAGGAAGAUGAUCCGAUGCGAUUGAAUCCCGAACAAGCAUCAUGGUUUGCCUCUAUCUGCACGAUUGCUUGUCCGUUCGGUGGACUAAUUUCAGGCUAUUUACUUGACCGAAUCGGGCGGAAAUACACGCUGGUGCUUAUCAACGUGCUUUCGAUCGCGUCGUGGGGCUUGAUAGCUAUUUCGAGCAGCGAUGACUUCGACCGGAUGUACGCUCAAAUAAUAAGCGCGCGUGUCAUAAUAGGUUUAGUGAUAGGACUGGCCAGUGCUGCCGCUUCCAUCUACUCCGCCGAAAUUGCAACACCAAGGAUGCGUGGUCGCCUAACGGUGCUAACGACCUUCCAGAUUGCUGUGGGUGUACUCAUGAUCUACACUUUCGGCUAUUUGAUCCCGGAAAAUUUUCGCCUGGUUGCGGCAAUUGCAGCUAUAUGUUGUGUUUGCUCCUUCCUGUUACUGAUCCCUUUGCCCGAGUCUCCGGCAUGGUUGAUGACAAAAGCACGCGAGGAGGAAGCCGAACGAUCGUUGAAAAAAAUUCGCGGUUACGGAAGCUGUGGCACAACGAUACCAGCUAUAGAAAAUGAACUGGCGCGUUUCAGGGACAAUGUAAAUACACAGAGAGCAUCUGGGAAGGAACCGCUUUCAGUGAUGAUGAAACAGCCCCAAGUUUAUAAACCACUUGUGUUGAUCAUAAGCUUCUUUGGGUUUCAACAGUUCUCCGGGACCUUCGUGAUUAUUGUAUAUGCGGCGAAUGUUUCUUCAGAAGCUGGCGUGUCAAUAGAUCCAUUCCUUUGUACCGUCCUAAUAGGAGUCACUCGAGUCAUCGCUACGAUCCUGGUGGCCUAUAUUUUGGACACUUUGGGUAGGAAGCCACCGACAAUAUUCUCGGGAAUUGGAAUGGCCGCGUGUAUGUUUGGUGUAGCGGCCUGUAUUCAUCACCCACCCUCCGAAAGUUUAAGUUGGAUUCCAACAGUUUUGAUAAUAUCCUACGUAUUCACGGGUACUUUGGGUUUCAUUACGAUGCCGUUCUCUAUGCUGGCUGAAUUAUUCCCUCAAAAGAUAAGAGGACCAGCAUCGGGUGUGACCGUCUUCUCCGCUUACAUGAUGUCAUUCAUAAUCAUCAAGUUGUAUCCUGCAAUGAUCGAUACUAUGGGAAGCUCGAAUGUUUUCAUUUUCUACGGAGUUGUAUCACUGCUGGGAGUUAUUUUUGUGUGGUAUUUCUUGCCCGAGACGAAAGGCAAAUCUCUCCAAGAGAUAGAGGACUAUUUCUGCAGCAAGUCAUCAAUCAAACUUCCAACUCAAUUGACGGAUGAUGCCACCACGAAAUUGUCUUCGUCAGCUGUCAACACCAUGAUACGUUUCGUGGAAAAUCAAAACGGAAAUUGCCGUUUGUGCUCGGAACCAGACCAUAAACAGGAUAUGGUUGAAUGCGACGAUUGUGACCGAUGGUUCCACAUCGGUUGUGUUAACUUAACGGUCGCGCCGACAGCGGAAGAAAAAUGGAUCUGCCCGAAAUGCGUGCAGAUCCAACAAAGAUUAGCAUCAUUGGAAAUAUCUGCUCGGAAGAAAGAUGAGCAGAUAAAACAACAACUGGAUGCAAUGGACAAAUUAAUGGCGACUAUGAAAGGCCAAUGCUCAACGUCAUCCUCGGGCCAAGUAACAAAUCAGCCCACGGAUCGAUCAUUUACCCAAACAGUGAGUAUGUCUAGUGACUGGACUAUAUAUUUAAAGAGGCAAUCAUUGACGACCCUACCCAGAUUUUCUGGCGCAUCAAAGGAUUGGCCAAAAUUUAAGAAAACAUUCCAUGAUACAACGGCAGAGGGAGGUUUCUCAAAUUUAGAGAACCUCAACCGCCUGGAACAAGUUCUGAAAGGGGACGCGUAUAAAACCGUCCAACAAUUGAUGAUUAACUCAGAGAAUGUUCCGAAAAUAAUCGAAAAGCUGGAAGAAUGCUUUGGAAGGAAGGAUCUUGUAUAUAAAGAACUUCUGAACGACCUGAGACGUAUCAAAAAGGACAGCCGAACCGUAGUUCCGGAUAUAUCAGACGCACUAGAUAACAUGGUGGUGAAUAUGGAGGCGCUGGGCCAAAAGGAAUAUCUACGUGAUCAUCGUUUAAUAGAGGAAAUCAUAGAGAAGCUGCCAUACACGAUACAAGUGAAAUGGGUUGAAGUGAUCCAAAGCAACACUUCGAUCCCAACACUCAACGAUUUGAAUAAGUGGUUAUUGCCACAUUCAAGAAUAGCCCGUAUGAUGCAAAAGUCUAAUAACAGUGUGUCGACUACGGAAAGGAAACCUCGAGUUAAUGUUCAUCAAACUAUGAAAUGUGCACUUUGUUCAGCCAGUCAUAGGCUAUUCCAAUGUAAGAAUUUCAAACAAAUGAAAACAUUGGAACGUAGAGAGUUUUUGGCUAAAAAAGGAAUUUGUUUCAAGUGCCUAAACUCCAAUGACCACAUUAUGAGAAAUUGUAGCAUGAAAGGAAUAUGUGGAAUCGAUGGGUGCAACAAGGAGCACAAUCGCUUACUUCAUCAAAGAUCGGAGUAUAAAAGAAAUCAGGAUACGGCUGCUGACGUACGACGAGGUCCCGAAGAAACCACGAAUAUUCAUCGACAACGCAAGGAACACCUUUACUAUCAAAUAGUUCCUAUAACAGUCCAAAACGGCGAAAGAAUGAUAGACACCUACGCCUUCCUGGACACAGGAUCAUCAGUAACACUAUUGGACGAGAGAAUGGCUAACAUGUUAGAGUUGGAAGGAAAAGUUGACCCGCUUACAUUAAAAUGGACACAGGAUUGUUUAAAAUCCUGCUCAAGCAAGAGGGUAAAAUUCUGGAUAAAGGGCAUAGGAAAACCAGUGAUGGCCCGGACUAUGCAUGAUCUAAAUCUUCCUAUCCAAACAGUUGACAUGGAACAAAUUGCCAAGAAUUAUCCCUACUUGAAGGACAUUCCGCUUCAAGAUUAUAAGGAAGCUCAGCCUACAUUGUUAAUUGGAUUGGACAACAGCGAAUUACUGAGUGCCAUCAAAACGGUAAAAGGAAAUGGUCCUAUGGCAGUAAAAACGCGACUCGGAUGGGUGAUAUACGGAAAGGAGUAUAACAUAAACCGUCAAGAUUAUACAAUGGUCAUCCAGGAAGAACAGGAGAUGAGCAAAAUGAUGCAGCGAUACUUCUCAAUCGACGAUUUUGGAGUGAAAUUAGUGGAAAAACUGCCAAGAUCACCAGAGGAAGAAAGAGCACAACAGAUUCUCGACAACACCAUCAAGCUAAAAGACAACCGUUACGAGGUCGGUCUGCUAUGGAAAACCAAAGAUGUACAAUUUCCGGACAGCUAUCAUACAGCCUUACGGAGAUUGGUGAUUAUGGAGAAUAAAUUGAAACAAGAUGAAAAAUUGAAGGAUUGGGCUAUCAAUACCUUCGCUGAUUAUGUGAAAAAGGGAUAUGCUAGAAAACUAGCACAUUCAGAGCUAAUUAACGCGGUUCCGAGAACAUACUAUCUCCCGCAUUUUAUAGUUCACAACCAGAAUAAAAUACCUCCAAAACCAAGAUUGGUAUUUGAUGCAGCUUCAAAAAUAAAUGGCGUAUCGUUUAACUCUAAUCUUUUGUCUGGACCUGAUGCUACUACAUCACUCGUUGGAGUAUUGCUGCGAUUCAGAGAGGGACGUAUUGCAGUUUGUGGAGAUAUUCAAGAGAUGUUCCACCAAGUCAAAAUAAAACCGGAGGAUCAGCAUGCUCAACGAUUUUUAUGGCGAGAUUGUGAAAACAAUCGAGAACCUGAUGUAUACAUUAUGGAGGUAAUGAUUUUUGGAUCGACAUGUUCACCAUCAUGCGCGCAAGCAGUGAAAAAUAAAAACGCUGCAGCAUUUAUGGAAUCGAAACCGAAAGCAGCCCUGGCAAUUGAAAAACAACACUAUGUGGAUGACUAUCUGGAUAGUUUUACAAACAUUCGAGAGGCAACCGCUAUUACCAAAGACGUCAUCGAUAUACACCAACAUGGCGGAUUCUUCAUUCGAAACUUUAUAUCGAACAGUAAGGAAUUACUGAGCAAUUUAUCCAGCGAUCGGAUCCAAUCUACCGACAUUAAGGUAAUAGAGGAUAAGGAUUCAUGUGCUGAAAAAGUUCUUGGUGUCUAUUGGAACACGAAACUGGAUUUGAUCGGGUAUCGAUUAUCGUUGAAGAAGCUGAGCAAUGAAGUAAGACAAACGCUACGAUUACCCACGAAAAGAGAGGUGUUAGCAUUUGUUAUGAGUUUGUAUGAUCCAUUAGGAUUGAUAUCAAAUUAUACGAUAAUGGGAAAGAUUUUGCUUCAAGAGCUGCACAAAGACGAGUUAGACUGGGAUGAUGAAGUACCCAAACAUUUGAGCAAACAGUGGCAAAAUUGGCUUGCGAAAAUUCAACAAGCCUCUAACACUACCACAAUGGCGAACCCAGAGAACGGAAAGGAAUCACCCACACCCCAAACUAAAAUGCAGGAGGAGAAACUCUCGAGUAAACCGCUGCGCUCCAGCUCUGAAAGUCUGACCUCUAAUCCGGAGGAAGAUUCGAACCUGCUGUCUCGUAAAGCCGCUAUCAUGCAAAUCACAAUGGCCGUCGUAGCAAACAUCACCAUCAUUUCGUCCGGAAUGGGUUUGGGAUUUCCAUCCAUUGCCAUGAUUGAACUCACGAAUUCUACAACCUCGGUGUCUCUGACCGAGAAUCAAGCCUCGUGGUUCGCUUCCGUUACAUCCAUCAUGUGCCCUUUCGGUGGACUAUUGGCCGGAUUCCUACUGGAUAGAGUGGGUCGUAAAAAGACGCUUUAUUUCAUAAACAUCAUAUCGGUUAUCUCUUGGGCUAUGAUGGCAUUAGCGAGCAAAACUGACUCAUUGAUGUUGUUCUGCCAGCUGAUGGUUGCUCGAGUGAUCAUUGGCAUCGCCAUCGGCCUUUCAAGUUCGCCUGCAUCAGUGUACGCUGCGGAAAUUUCACAUCCCGAUCUUAGAGGACGCCUAACGCUGUUGACAGCGCUUUGCACUGGCAUUGGCAUGCUUUGCGUUUACACUCUGGGAUAUAUUUUCAAGGACAACUGGCGUUUCGUGUGCAUUCUUUGCGGACUAUUCACCUUCUUGUCGCUCCUAUCUGUGAUCCCGAUCCCAGAGUCUCCAAGUUGGUUGGUAGCGAAAAACAAGAUUCCCAAGGCGGAGAAAUCUCUCAAAAAGGUUCGAGCUAUCAAGGAAAACAAUCAUCCCAAGAUCAACGAGGAGUUGGACACACUGGCCGAAAACAUUGCUCGCUUCCGUGCCUCACAAACCAGCAAAUCCAAGCUGGUGAUGCUCCGGAGACCGGAGGUGUACAAACCGCUCACCAUUAUGUGCACUUUCUUCUUCUUCCAACAAUUCACCGGUAUCUUCGUCAUCAUCGUGUACGCAGCCCGCUUCUCGAUCGAAGCUGGAGUGAACAUUGAUCCGUUCCUGAGCGCUGUAUUCAUUGGGCUCACUCGUGUCGUGACAACAGUUCUCAUGAGCUUCAUUUCCGAUCGCUUCGGAAGACGUCCACCAGCACUAUUCUCUGGCUUUGGAAUGGCCACCUGUAUGUUUGGAUUGGCCGCUUGCGCCGUGUACCCAGUGAAAGGAACUCAUCUCAACUGGAUGCCAACAUUCUUACUGGUGGCAUUCUUUGUCUGUGCCACUCUUGGAUUCCUUACGCUUCCAUUCGCCAUGAUUGCCGAAGUGUACCCAACGAAAGUGCGUGGUUUCGUAGCCGGAUUAACCAUCUUCGUCGGCUACACCAUGUCCUUCAUCAUCAUCAAGGUGUAUCCAGCGAUGGUUCAUAUCAUGGGGAACGAAAAUGUGUUUUUGUUUUUCGGCAUCGUCUCCGUGAUAGGAAUUGUGUUUGUGUACUUCUUCCUGCCGGAAACCAAGGGUCGCACCCUGGAAGAGAUCGAGAGUUACUUCCGCGGUAACCAGGACGCCGUCGAGUUAGAACUUAAGCAAAACAGCGACCCGAAAGUAUGAAAGUGCCUAACACGAACGCACCUGUGCCACCCAAUAAUUAGUAAGAACUGUGAUACAAAACAAGAAUUCGCCUACAAUGUAAGCGAACAGCUGAGAAACAGAAUGCGUGUAAUCGUAGGUGUUAAGCGUUUUAUACAAUGUGUACAUUUUAUAUCGCUGAAGGAUUCCAAACAUUUUGCAUGUUUUUUUUAGUUAGCGUUUGUAAAUUUUGAAACACACAACGGCAAACAUCAUUCAUCGAGAGAAGCACACCGAUACUUAGUAGUUUAGUAGCCCGACAACUGACAAUAGACAAGAGACAAUCCUCAGGUAACAUAAGCAAGACGACACUGCCGUGUUAUACUCAGAAUGGCUUGUUUACUUACCGAUUCAAAAGCAAUGCUGAGCAUGUUAACGCGUUACAUAUGAAGAAAUUAGAAAAUUUAGACCACUAUGAAAAUAAAAGACAUUUAAGAACUUUACCCCCCAGGAGG